AUGAAAUAUGGUAUAAUUACGCCGACUGGGGGUCCACGAUUUAAUGCUAAUGUGGAUAUCCAGUCCCUGUUUAAUCAAACGCGCAGCCUUCUAAUUGCCUCUGCUGCCAAUUUUGCCGGUUGCUUGCAUCCUGGUAUUGCCUCCGUCUCCAGCUCUUAUCCUACUCAUUUAGGUUCCAUUCCUGUGCUAAGUCAGGUUAAUACAACUGCUUCUGUCGCUGUAUCUCAUUCCUCCAUUGUUAGCCCUACGGAAUUUUUUCAGCAGCAGGGCUGUACAAACACCUUGUCUACCUACGGUCUCUUGACCUCAUUGCAUAAGCAGUCUCGUUCGCUUAACGCCCUCGAGGAAGAAAAGAAACAGAUUAAACCUAUCACCAUGUCUCUACGUCUCUCAGCUGAGCCACAUGAAUACUCACAUCUCCACCACAAACUCGACUUUGAGAACUCUCGCAUGGCUCAUAUCUCAAUUGCAAGUACAGAUGGUUCAAAUCUUACUGUAUCGCAAUCGUUGGGAGAAAUUACAAGUAAAAGCCGGCUAUUAGAAGAGCCUUACAUUGGUUCAGUUAACAGUCCUGCUGAUCUCGAUUUGCAUCAUUUUCCUAAGACCUCUUCUGUUGCCACCAUCUCUUCCAUUUUACCUGUUGUCACUACUGUCCCAUUCCACCCGGGGCUUAUUUCCUCUGACAUGAAACAAGUAUUACUGCCGGUUUCGACUGACGAUUCAAAUGGCCCACUCAAUGUGACGCUGCCAGUUAGUUCAGAGAGUGACAUUACCUCAUAUACAGCAAUGGCGCCACCCUCAACAGCGUCCCUACCAACUCUCAUCGUCCAGAGGCAAAUCCCUUCCUUACCCGGAUGCACAGAUAGCAAUAUAUUACAAGGCAAUGAUAAGCAGUCAAAGCUAUACACUUCACAUUCAUUUGAUGCAAAUGAGUCACUGAUACCUGCAUUGUUUAAGCAGUCUACUAAAAGAUCAGUGAGCACAGCAGACUCAUCGUCAAUGCGAAACCCUUUAAAUGGUCGGUUGCCCGCCAUUUGCUUUUCACGGCAGCAGCCAAUACAUCGUCUGGACGAGACAAAAAUCUGUUCAGCAGCUUCGAGCUGCAUCAGCCAAGAGGUGCAACAAGAGUCGAGCAAUCUUCGAGUACUUCCGAUACCACCUGGUUUAUUUUCUUCCACAUCCGUCAAUCGCUUAGGGGCUCCACUGGCCUCAAAUGCUGAUCUAGGUAACGACAGAACAGAUUCUGCCAAUACGUUGACAGGAUAUGUGCGGACCAGUGAUACUGAGCAAGUUAUUAUUUUUGGUUAUUUUUCCCAACUUAUUUUUUAUUACAACAUCGUAUUUUUUAACUAUACUUUGUCUUUUCUUUUCUUUUCUUUCUAA